UCAAUCAGUUUACUCUGAACACUUGACGAAAGCAGAAGUUUAAAAAAUUGAAUAAUAGUUCAUAUAUAUUUUUAUUUUAAAUCAAACUCAUAACAUUUGGCUUUUAUAGAAUGGAGAGAAUACGUGUAUUUAUACGUGUCGCUCAGGCAAUCCAGAGGACUAACCGCUACAGUCAUAUCGCGGCACUUAGACAUCGCAACUUCACUCCCAUUUCGGAGGACAGCGACAGCAGCAGAGGGCCUGAAGUUGUUGGAGGAGUAUUAUCUCGUCACUGCAGCAACCAGCUCAAGCCUGACUAUGUUGUGGAUGACGUGGUAUAUGAGCGUGUCUGUAUGGAGACAUUGGAAUCACUGUCCGACUACUUUGACGAACUCACUGAGAAUGCAGCCGAACUGACCGGCGCCGAUGUGAUCUUUGGGGAUGGUGUGCUGAGCGUUAAUCUGGGCACAAAAUAUGGCGUCUAUGUGAUCAAUCGGCAGCGACCCAACAAACAAAUCUGGUUAAGCUCGCCCACAACCGGACCCAAACGCUUCGAUUAUGUUAUUCAGCCGGGGCAAACUAACGGCUAUUGGGUCUACAAGCAUACGGGCGUAACGCUACAUCAGGUGCUCCAAAAUGAAAUCACACAAAUCAUCACAUCGAUGCCCGUCAACUUCAUGGCUCUGCCCCAUUGCAACUGAGGCGCAAACAUUUUGCAAGUGUUGCAAAUUGAAAAUGUUAAAUUAGAUUCGCUGAAUAAUACAAAUUUUAGG